AUGGAUUCAAAAAUUUCCUUCUCUGCCCCCAAUUACGGCUCGCAGACGGCGAUCAACAACGGGUUGAUCGAGAAUAACUUUGAACUCCCACGGGGUAUUUUCGCUAAUCUUUAUUCAGAUCUUGAAGAUAAAUUGCCUAUCGUGCUCGACGCUACGUACGACUCGUAUGAAAAUCAGCAUGACGAUCAAUGUCUACCAGGCACACGGACUGACAUUAUCCGCCAAAUCAAAGAAUGGGCUUCGUCACCACAGGGUAGAUGCAUAUUCUGGUUGAAUGGAAUAGCCGGAACAGGAAAAUCCACCAUUUCUCGAACAAUAGCCAGCUCUUUCAGUAAAUCCAAAGUUCUAGGAGCAAGCUUUUUCUUCAAGAGAGGCGAAGGGGAUCGAGGCAACGCAAGAAAGCUCUUCCCAACGAUUGCAUGGCAACUAGCAGUCAUCAUUCCUCAGAUGAUGUCAGUCCUACGCCAAGCAGUCCAUGAUAAUCCAGGUGUCGCAACAAAGGCUAUGCGAGAGCAAUUCGAAAAACUCCUCCUUCAGCCACUCCAGAGCCUUGAGCGACCGGAUCUCACCAUUCAGACCAUGGCAAUUGUGAUUGACGCAUUAGAUGAAUGUGAAGGAGACGAUGAUAUUCGACUCAUCUUACAGCUCCUCCCACAGCUACAGAAGGCAAGGGCUGUACAUCUACGGGUUUUUUUGACCAGCAGACCCGAGUUACCAAUUCGGCUAGGAUUCUCAAGCAUAGCGCCUCAUGAGCGUAAAGACCUGGUUCUCCACGAGAUUCCGGAAGAAGUGAUCAGCCAAGAUAUAUCAGUAUUCUUGGAGUCUCGAAUUUCAGAAAUCCGACAACAACGACGAGAUCACCUUCCUAAAGACUGGCCUGGAGACGCCAAUAUCCAAAAACUCGUGGCGUUGUCCGUUCCGUUAUUUAUUUUCGCUGCUACGAUCUGUCGCAUACUCAAGGACCCAUAUUGGGACCCAGUGGAUAGUUUAGCGGAGAUUCUUGCACAUCAAAUCGACGAAUCCAAGCUAAACGCCACAUAUCUUCCGAUUUUUGACCGUCUUCUGAACGGACGACAUGGAAGACAAAAAGAGAAACUGGUCUCAGAGUUCCAGCGAAUAAUCGGAGCGAUCGUGGUACUAGAGAGCCCACUCUCUGUUGUCUCACUUUCGAAGCUUCUGGGUAUCGAGAAGAGGCUUGUUCACAUUCGACUGAGCCCAUUGCACUCUGUACUCAAAGUACCAGAUAAUGAGACAACGCCUGUACGACUCUUUCACCUGUCAUUUCGGGACUUUCUUCUUGACCCGGAAACCCACAAGAAAACGCCCUUGGGAGUACACGAGAGAGAAAUACACUAUGAUCUAGCUAAACAAUGCCUCCUAGUCUGUCAAACUCUACGGAAAAAUAUUUGUGGACUACCAAGCGAUGGAACGGAACGCACGGAUAUCGAUCCCCAGAUUAUCGAAACCAAACUUCCUCCAGAGUUACAGUAUGCUUGUCGUUACUGGGCAUAUCAUCUAGUUAAAUGUGCGGACAUGAAGAGUGUGUCGUUUACUGCUCUAUUGCCUCUCCUGAGUGAUUUACUGCGGAAAAAUUUUCUCCACUGGGUGGAAGCGAUGAGUCUACUAGGUUUUGCAUCGGAGGUACCGCGCAUUCUGAAUAGCCUUCAAGCGGUUAUAUCAGGCAAUGAUACUACAUCAAUUUCAAGUUUUCUUCACGAUGCCAAGCGAUUUAUUUCAAAAAAUUACCAAAUAAUUGAUCAAGCGCCCCUUCAAGUUUAUUGCGCAGGUCUGAUAUUUGCACCGCGAACGACAAUAAUACGUGAACAGUUUAAAGAAAGGCUUCCUACUUGGAUACACCAGUUGCCACGCGUUGAGGAAAGAUGGGGCGCGCUCACCCAGACGCUCGAAGGCCAUUCGCAUUGGGUUCAGUCGGUGGCCUUCUCACCCGACGGCCGGCUUUUAGCGUCGGGCUCACGCGAUAAAACAGUGCGGCUCUGGGACCCGGUGACGGGCGCGCUCACCCAGACGCUCGAAGGCCAUUCGGAUUCGGUUCAGUCGGUGGCCUUCUCACCUGACGGCCAGCUAUUAGCGUCGGGCUCAGACGAUAAAACAGUGCGGCUCUGGGACCCGGUGACGGGCGCGCUCACCCAGACGCUCGAAGGCCAUUCGAGUUCGGUUCAGUCUGUGGCCUUCUCACCCGACGGCCGGCUAUUAGCGUCGGGUUCAUUCGAUCAAACAGUGCGGCUCUGGGACCCGGUGACGGGCGCGCUCACCCAGACGCUCGAAAGCCAUUCGGAUUCGGUUCAGUCGGUGGCCUUCUCACCUGACGGCCAGCUAUUAGCGUCGGGCUCAGACGAUAAAACAGUGCGGCUCUGGGACCCGGUGACGGGCGCGCUCACCCAGACGCUCGAAGGCCAUUCGGAUUGGGUUCAGUCGGUGGCCUUCUCACCCGACGGCCGGCUAUUAGCGUCGGGUUCACGCGAUAGAACAGUGCGGCUCUGGGACCCGGUGACGGGCGCGCUCACCCAGACGCUCGAAGGCCAUUCGAAUUCGGUUCGGUCGGUGGCCUUCUCACCUGACGGCCAGCUAUUAGCGUCGGGCUCAGACGAUAGAACAGUGCGGCUCUGGGACCCGGUGACGGGCGCGCUCACUCAAACGCUCGAAGGCCAUUCGAGUUCGGUUCAGUCUGUGGCCUUCUCACCCGACGGCCGGCUAUUAGCGUCGGGUUCAAUCGAUCAAACAGUGCGGCUCUGGGACCCGGUGACGGGCGCACUCACCCAGACGCUCGAAAGCCAUUCGCAUUGGGUUCAGUCGGUGGCCUUCUCACCCGACGGCCGGCUAUUAGCGUCGGGUUCAUUCGAUCAAACAGUGCGGCUCUGGGACCCGGUGACGGGCGCGCUCACCCAGACGCUCGAAGGCCAUUCGGAUUGGGUUCGGUCGGUGGCCUUCUCACCUGACGGCCGGCUAUUAGCGUCGGGUUCACGCGAUAGAACAGUGCGGCUCUGGGACCCGGUGACGGGCGCGCUCACCCAGACGCUCGAAGGCCAUUCGAGUUCGGUUCAGUCUGUGGCCUUCUCACCCGACGGCCGGCUAUUAGCGUCGGGUUCAUUCGAUCAAACAGUGCGGCUCUGGGACCCGGUGACGGGCGCGCUCACCCAGACGCUCGAAGGCCAUUCGGAUUCGGUUCAGUCGGUGGCCUUCUCACCUGACGGCCGGCUAUUAGCGUCGGGCUCAGACGAUCACACAGUGCGGCUCUGGGACCCGGUGACGGGCGCGCUCACUCAAACGCUCGAAGGCCAUUCGAGUCCGGUUCAGUCUGUGGCCUUCUCACCCGACGGCCGGCUAUUAGCGUCGGGUUCAUUCGAUCAAACAGUGCGGCUCUGGGACCCGGUGACGGGCGCUCUCACUCAGACUAGGAGUGUUGAAAAACCAGUCACUCGGCUCGACUUUUCCUACGACGACGGUCUAUAUCUUCAAACAGAUUCCGGAAUUCUUGAAAUUAUACCUCGGACUGCAACAUCCUAUCCGCCUCAUGUGAAUCUACGUAUCUCUAUUGAGCACGGUCAGUGGUUAAAGUUGGGCGGUGAGAAGGUUCUCUGGCUUCCCGUCGACUAUCGGCCUACCUGUUUCCAGAUUAAGGGAAAUAUUGUUGCCCUUGGACAUGCAUCAGGGCGAGUUUCCUUUAUCGGGUUUCAUAUAUAA